AAAUUUCGUUAAUCUUCUCACUGCGAUCAAGUUCCAGAUUUCGAUCAUUCAAAAAUAGUUCAACCAAGGCAAUGAAGCUUAUUUCUUUGAUUUUUGUGGCUUGUGCUCUCAGCUGUAAAUUCGUUCACGGAGUGAAUGAUCCAAGAGAGCAGUUCGAAAUUAGAGAUGGAUACUGCACAAAUGCAGUAAUGGGUGAUUUGGUGUUCCAAGAUCACGUUCACCUGACUAGGAUCCCAUUUAUGACAAGGAAUACAACGACGCAAUGGCAUGGAGAUAAGAAUAUUUACUGUAUACUGGCGUUGAGUGCAAAACCGGCAUCGAAAGGAUCAACUGUGUUUGUGAAAGAAGGAGGUCUUGGUCACUCUUUUGUUACCUUGGAGUUCCACUCUACAAAAAAUCACGGUUUGGAAUACAGUGUCCAGGUCUUUGGAAAUUAAUUUAUGAAAUAUAAAUACAUUUAUUUAGGAGGAAUGUAGAAUAGAGCAUUGUAAAAUUUCAGCAGAGAAAUAUAUGGUGAAAAAUA